AUGCUCGCCCCGACGCCGCGCGACCUCGGACUCGGCCUUGCGCCAUGCCUUGGCCGCGCGUUGGCCAACGGCACUCCAGCAGUCACCCCCCCGCUCUCGCUGGGCGGCGGGUACAGUCUUGGCGCGGCGUCGCCUGGCACUCCCGACACCCCCAAUUCUGCCAGCGCGGUCGCCACCGUGGCCACUACUGCUGCAGCGGGCACGACCACCCCAGCCAGCUACUCCCGUCCGCCGUCAACCCGUGCCCUCAGCCUGCAGCUCGGUCGGCGCACCAGCGCAGCCUCGCUCCGCUCCGAGGACGGCGUCGACGUGUCCAAGCUCGACCUGCGCCCCGUGUGCACCCCUCCAGCUGGCAGCGCGCCGCUCCCCGAUUUCCCCGCGCAUGCCCCGGCCGUGCACAACAUGCAUGGCGCGGCGCAUAAUGGUCAGCACCACAAUGGCCACCCCAUCCCCAUCGGUUCCCCUGGCGCGGCACUUCGGCACCGCAGGGCGAGUUCGACGUGUGGACGCAGUGUCAGUGGGAGCCCGAGUUCGAACGGCACGGGGGCAAACACGCCCACUGACGGGUCGUCGCACGGCACACCAGCCCUCCCGCACAGCAAUGCAAGCCCCGGAGGCACCCCCGUUGUCGCCCCGCUCCCGCUCCCACUCGCGGGGGCGCCCACCCUCGCCGAGACGGGUAUGCGUCUCUCGCCGGACAGUUCGCACCCGAGCGGACAGCUCGAGCGCAAGUCGCCGCGGCCGCGGCUGGUGCGCCUCGACUCGUUUGGCGGCGAGGGGCUCGAGCGCAAGCCGAGUACGCGCCGGGCGAAUCUGGAUGAGCAUGAGCAUGAGGAUAUCCCCGAGGGUGUGAUUGUAUGA